AACGCGAAGAAGAAGAGCCGUGGUAGCAGAGUAGGCAGAGGCAGCACGCGCAGACAUGGUGGCAAAGCGAGGUCAUGGUCUCACGUGCUUCGCACGUCUUUCACUCUUCCUCUUCGCUCUAACCCUAUCUUCUGCUCGCCAAACCACGGUUCAAGACAUAGCCAGAAAGUUGAAGCUCGAGGACAACCAACUUCUGCGAACGGAGAAGAGGUUCAGAGUCUUCAUGGGGAAUUACGGGAGGAACUACUCCACACGGGAAGAGUAUUUACAGCGUUUGGAGAUUUUCGCAGGAAAUAUGCUGAGAGCGGCGGAGAAACCAGGGCGCUCGACCCCCACUGCCAUCCACGGCGUCACGCGUUCUCCGAUCUCACCGAGGACGAGUUUUCAACGCCACUACACCGGUGUCAAUGGCGGAUUCCCGUUGAAUAAUGGCGCCGGCGGUGUGGCACCGCCGUUGGAGAUGGAUGGACUUCCGGAGGAUUUCGAUUGGCGAGAAAAAGGGGCUGUCACCGAAGUUAAAAUGCAGGGUAAAUGUGGAUCAUGCUGGGCUUUCAGCACCACGGGAUCUAUAGAAGGAGCCAAUUUUAUUGCCACCGGAAAGCUCCUCAAUCUUAGUGAACAACAGCUGGUAGACUGUGACAACCAGUGCGACAUAACAGAAAGGACUACAUGUGACAAUGGCUGUAAUGGAGGUCUUAUGACAAAUGCUUACAAGUAUUUGCUGGAGUCUGGAGGGUUGGAGGAGGAGUCUUCAUACCCCUACACAGGGGAAAAAGGUGAAUGCAAGUUUGAUCCGGUGAAAGCAGCUGUUAGGAUCACAAAUUUCACCAACAUUCCUGUGGAUGAGAACCAAAUUGCUGCAUAUUUAGUCAAGCACGGUCCACUUGCUAUUGGUCUGAACGCAAUUUUCAUGCAAACAUACAUUGGGGGUGUGUCAUGCCCUCUCAUAUGCAGCAAGAGAUGGCUCAACCAUGGUGUGUUGCUUGUGGGAUAUAGAGCAAAAGGGUUCUCAAUUCUGAGGCUUGGCAACAAACCAUACUGGAUCAUCAAGAAUUCCUGGGGGAAGAGAUGGGGAGUAGAUGGGUAUUACAUGCUCUGCCGAGGGCAUGCCAUCUGUGGAAUGAACACAAUGGUGUCUGCUGCAAUGGUUGCCCAAACACAAACAACUACACAGAGUUAUGCUUCCUAUUAGCUGCCUACUUUCGCUACGUAUUACUUAUGCAAAAAAGUUUUUAUUUUUACUACUAUAAAAGUUUUUUAAAAAAACUUUCAUAUGUACUGUAGUUUAUAGACAUGUGAUGUAUGAUAAUGUGUGUUCUAUCUAUGAUAAGAUCUUUGUAAGAUGAAAA